GUGAGUGAGUGAGUGGAAAAUUGAGGUAAAGGGAGAGGGGGGAAAGUGAAUGAGUGAGAUCCACCUACCAGCUGGAGAGAGAGAGAGAGAAAGAGAGAGCAGGACUGUUUGAAUGAGCCACAUUGGAGAGGGAGAGUAUGUGAGUGUGUGUGCGAGGGAGAGAUGGAGACAGUGCUAUAGAGGGGGUAGGGCAGGUGAAAUGGUGUGUGUAUGUGUGUGAGAGAGAGGUUGUCAGAUCCCCCUCGAAGUAGAGGCUGCUGCUCAGUGCAGUUGCUCUGGGUCCCAUUGAUACUCCUUUAUAGAGUGGGAAGAGCUGAAAAUGUCAUUUUGAAUGGAGGGAAAAACAUUUGCUCUUUUUUUACCUUUCCUUAUUUGUCCUUCUGGAUCUUUAUUCAUCUCCACUGGUCCUCCUUGCUCUCUUUGUGGGUGUAUAAAGGAGGUCACUGCGGAUACAAAGAAACAGAACACAGUCCAGUAAAAGCAUGUUUUUGGGGGUGAAGACAAUGUCGCACGGGACAGCCAUGUCACGUUGCCACGACAGCAAUGUCACCUGGCCCUCUCUGCAGUGAUCCUGCACAGCGAAGGAUGCUGGGGAAUAGCAAACACUAUUAUCCCGGGGAGGAUGACAAGUAUGGGGAGGAUGAGGAAGAGGAAGAGGAGCAGGGACGAGAGAACAGAAAGGGGGAGAGUAGAGAGAAGGAGAAUGGAGGGAUAGAAGGGCUCGAGGAGAUGGAGAUAAAGGGAGGCAGACAAUCACGCGAAGGUAAAUGGGAGGGAGGUAAACCCUCGGCCAUUGUGGUUGGAAGACAGAGAGGAGACCGGACACUGAGGCCAGCGAAUCCAAGAAAUAGAGGCAUCCCCUAUACAUCCAAUCAGGCCCCCCAAAAGCAGCAACACCAUCUCAUCCCAGCCAAUCAGCAGCAGUAUCACCCGGCCCCGUCCACUCAGACCCAGAAGAGACGCGCUCACAUGGAGCGGAGUAUGACCACAGUGGCGCCCAUAGAGGACACUCACCUGACCAUGAUGGUGUUCCGCAUUGGAAUCCCUGACAUCAAACAGACAAGGUGUCUGCAGUUUGACCCUGACUUCACGGUGUGGAGCGCCAAGCAGCAGGUCGUCUGUUCGCUGAGCGAGCCACUGUGGGACAUCUACAACUAUGGCCUCUUCCAGCCCGCCGGAGAGGGACGAGACGCCAUGUUCCUGGAGGAGGAGCGCUGCCUCCGAGACUACCCACAGUCCUUUGAGAAAGGGGUGCCUUACCUGGAGUUUAGGUACAAGACCAGGGUAUACAAACAAACAAACCUGGAUGAAAAACUACUUACUAAACUGCACACCAAGGCGAGUCUGAAAAAGUUCAUGGACUACAUUGUGAGUGGAUCAUUAGAUAAGAUAUCAAAGGUCCUGGACAAAGGUCUUGACCCAAACUACCAUGACCCUGACAAUGGAGAGUCUCCCCUGUCUGUGGCGGUGCAAUCUGGUAUGACAGUGGAGGGGAUCAGGACGCUCGUUCAAGGUGGGGCCCAUGUCGACUUCAGAACCAGAGAUGGACUGACAGCUGUACACAAGGCUGUCAAGGCACACAAUCAUGUUGCGCUGCUGGCUCUACUGUCCCUGGGAGCGUCUCCUGAUUACAAAGACAGAUGUUGCCUGACCCCGCUGUACCACUCAGUGCUGAUAGGUGGCGACACCUCCUGCUGCGAGACCCUACUCUACUACAGGGCCAGACUGGGAGUGAGAGAUGAAAACGGCUGGGAGGAGUCUCACCAGCUCAGGGAUGAAGAGGAAUUUGGAAUGCAAGAAAUACACAAGGCCUGCCAGAAUGGUUUUGCCCAGCACCUGGAGCACCUUCUGUUCUAUGGGGCAGAUACCACUUCUCAGAAUGCCUCAGGGAACACUGCACUUCACAUUUGUGCUCUGUAUAAUAAGGAAAGCUGUGUUCGUGUUCUGCUCUACAGAGGUGCCAAUAAGGAAAUGAAGAACAAGCAUGGACAAACCCCCUUUCAGGUAGCAGUAAUGUCAGGCCAUUUUGAAAUCGGGGAAAUCAUCAAAAACCACAGAGAUGCAGAUGUAGUGCCCUUUCUGGAAUUCCCAAAGUAUGCUCCCAAAAGAGGAGAGAGUGCACGCGCAAUCCCUCUCCUCAUGGCUCACCCUCACCCCCACCCCCUUCUGCGUGCUAACAGUGAUAACAGCAUGACCCUGCCUGAUACCAUGGCCCUGCCCAACAAGGCUGCUAGAUCCAAUCCCAUCCCUGGACAGGGUCGCAGGGCCUCUGUAGGUGUGAGGAGCUCCAGCAGUCCCAGGGCCCGUACCCGCUCCCCAUCACGAGGAAGAGGAGGAGGAGGAGGACAGAGUGACACAGAGGAGAGGCAUCACAGCAAACCACAGCGCGGCAGACAGGGUGCGACCUCAACAACGGGUGGUGGUGGAGGGUCAGCUGGGGGUCAGAUGAGGCGUAUGUACAGUGCGGUUCCAGGGCGAGUGUACGUGGCCACGAGGGCCUACACUGCCCACGGAGACAAAGAGCUUAGCAUCAGCAAAGGAGACAAAGUCAAAGUGUUGAGUGUGGGAGAGGGGGGGUUUUGGGAGGGCACAGUGAAGGGUCGUACAGGCUGGUUCCCCUCAGACUAUGUGGAGGAGGUGGGUCCUCCCAUUAAGGACAAUCGAUCAGAGACGCGCAGUGAGAAAGCCAAGAGGAAGCUGUUUCGUAAUGUUACCGUGGGAGCAUAUGAUGGUGUGGAUGGCCCCAGUGACUACAUCAUUAAGGAGAAGACAGUGCUCCUGCAGAAGAAAGACAAUGAGGGCUUUGGCUUUGUGCUUCGGGGAGCCAAAGCCCAGACUCCUAUAGAGGAGUUCACUCCGACCCCAGCAUUCCCCGCGCUGCAGUACCUGGAGUCUGUGGAUGAGGGGGGUGUGGCCUGGAGGGCUGGUUUAAGGAUGGGGGACUUCCUUAUUGAGGUUAAUGGUCAGAAUGUAGUGAAGGUGGGCCACAGGCAGGUGGUCAACAUGAUCAGACAAGGUGGCAACGCUCUGAUGGUCAAGGUUGUCAUGGUGGCCCGCAACCCGGAGAUGGAGGAGACCAACCUCAGGAAGAAAGUCCCCCAGCAGGCUAAGAGGCUGACUCCUCCUGCCAUUGCCCUGCGCUCUAAAUCAAUGACAUCAGAGCUGGAAGACAUGGUGGAGAAAGCUGCCUCUCCAUGGAAAAAGAAAGCAGAGUACGAGUCCUCCCAGGUGCCUGAUAAGAAGAGGACAGUCUAUCAAAUGGCACUGAAUAAACUGGAUGAGAUCCUGGCGGCGGCUCAGCACACAAUCACAUCAGACGGACAGGGACAGCGGGGUCACGGAGGGAAGAGAGACCGAACCAAGAGCAUCGCCCCCAAUGAGCCAAGUCAUGACCAGUUGGUUGGUGUGAUGCCGCCUGGGUUUGGUUACAACCAGGGUCAAUAUCCCCCCGGCCAGCCUCAUGGAGUAAUGCUGCGACAGAAAUCUAUUGGUGUGAUGGAGGAGGAGAGGCAGUACCUCCACAACCCGGCCAUGAAACUGGCCCGUAGUCUGUCAGAGGACAUCCCCCCUCCCCCCAACACAUCCGCCCCGGAACCCCCCUUAUCUGCUGACCCCCAUACUGUUUGGAGGGGGGAGCAGUCUGCCCCCCAACCUCCAUCCUCCCAGGCCCAGGCCCUCCUCACCCAGCAGCAGGCAGUCCACACCACCCAGGCAGGCUGGGACAGGGGAGGCCCUGGCGGGGCCAAUCAACAGCACGGCAUGGCCCCGACCCUCCGGAGAGGAGGAGGACAAUACACAGGGGAGCCCCCAGAGGGGACGAAGAGAGGAGGGGGCAAAAUGGGGGUGUUGAGGAGGGGCUACAGUAGUGCUACUCCACCCACGAGUGCAGCUCCCAAAACUCAACAGCAACCCCAGCAGCAGCAACCCCAGCAGCAGCAGCCCCAGCAGCAAGUGGCGACCCGGGAGAGGGGUGGAGGGGCAGGCAGGGGUGGGGGAGGCAGGAAGGGCGGGAGGGGCCCUCUAGUAAAGCAGACCACAGUGGAAGGUGGGCUCAGCAGGCACCACCGAGGGGGGCAAGGCCAGGGGGGUAAGCGCUCAGGAGCCAAAGAGAAGAGCUCCAUCCCCAUCCCCACCAUCAUCGUCAAGGCCCCCUCCACCAGCAGCGGCAGUGGCCGCAGCAGCCAGGGCAGCAGCGUAGAUGCCGAGCAUCCGCCUCCCGACAUAGGUGACCCUACCUCCACAUCCGUAUCCGCCUCCCCCGACACCCCCACUACUCCCGGCCUGCCUUCCCCUGUGUCCCCCUUACCACCCCAGCCCCCUGUCUCUUCCGCCAUGCCCCCUUCGACUGUCGCCCCCCAGCUGCCCCCUAACCUAGAAAAUCUGGACUUCACCAACCAGUUCAGGGGGGCCUUCGUGGGGGCAGCGCGGCGGGACCGGGAACGUUUCCGUGACAUGAGGAGGAAGAGUGCUUCCUUCUUCCUCUCCUCCGAAGAGGACAUCCAAGGGGAGGCGGGGGGAGGUGGAGGGGUAUGGACCCAGCCCCUACAGGGGAUGGGGAUGGAUGUCCCCACCCCCCGCCUCCGCCCCUCCAAGUCCAUCGACGAGGGCAUGUUCUCUGGGGACAAUUACGUCCACUACGCCAGCAGCAUGCCCCCUGCCUUCGGGCUGCCUGAGUACCACUCCCCUGUGAUGGGCCAGGACGGCCAGCCCAAGUCCGCUCCCUCCAACUACGGCCCAGGUUCUCCAGCCACCACCUUCAUCCACCCUCUGACUGGGAAGGUCCUUGACCCCUCGUCCCCUCUGGGCCUGGCGCUGGCUGCACGGGAAAGGGCCCUCAAGGACGACCGGAGGACCCGGCGGGAGGAGCGGCACUUUGGCCGGCAGAUGUCCAGCGUGGGGGCAUUUCCUACCUCUCUCCCAUCCCCCACGCCGUCCCUGUUCCCCGCCACUACCUCCCCCGCCUCCCUGAGCCGCCCGCUGUCACCCAGGAUAUUACGUUUGGGAGGUGAAGGGGGAGGGGAGAGAGUGGAGAGGGACCAGGCGGCCGGAGCCAGAGAGGGCCUCAGAGUUCGCUUUUCAGAGGACAGAACCAACCAGUACCAGACCCAGUAUUAUCAACAGAGUCCUAGAGACAGGGAGCCACCUGGCCCGCCCAUGCAGCCGCCCGGCCCGCCACCUCAGCCUGCACCCCGCAGACCCUCGUUCCUACAGAUGGAGAGCAGUGCAAACUCUAGCUACAUCCCCCGAUACCGCCUACCCGCAGCCCCAGCCCACCCACAUGAAGAUGGGGGAGAGGGAGGAGGAGGAGUGGGACUGGGGCUCAUGGUGCUUCCACCGCCCACCCCCUCCAUAGACAUAGAUGAUGAGUUUGUCUUUGUUGACCCCCUACCCCCUCCCUUGCAGUUUGCCAACGGCCAAGGCCAGAGAGAACUGCAGAGGGGAUACUCUCAACAGCAUCAACACUCAGCUCAACACGCCCCUCUCGCCUUGCCACCCCCGCCGCCCCCCCUCCCCUCCCCUAAAGUACCUCCACCAGGAGGCUUCGCCUCCAACGCCCCCCUCCCUUCCCCCCAGACUGGGGACUCUGCUGCCUCCAGCCUCACGUCCUACGACAGCGAGGUGGCCAACCUCACCCAGUCAGCUCUGUCUCCCUCCCUCACCUCGCCCCAAAUAUUCCCCCGUUCCUCCGCCGCCACAGUCGCCUCCGUUUUACCCGCCCCCUCACUCCACAGACCCCAGCCCAUGUCCCAUGCACACCCCUUCUCCAGUGGCCCCAGCGUACCGGUUAACCCCGCUAAUAUGGGGGCCCCUGUUCCCCCGAUGACUUUAGCACAGGACCGAGGCGCGGCCACCCUCACUACGACUGUGACCUACGCCACCACGAUGACCGUGACCGCCGCCGCCACCAGUACCACCGUCAGUGCUGUUGACAAGGCAGGCGACCACCAACCCUCCAGGAUGAAGCCUGGAGACUGGCAGACAGAGACAGUGGUGGACUCUGGGAUUGAGGAGCUGGACAGUAGCAGCGACCACCAUCUGGAAACGCUGGGAGUGAGCAGACUGAAGGGAGAGAGAGGAGGAGGAGGAGGAGGAGGAGCGGAAGGGGAGAGAGUGGGCGGCGAGCACCCGGAUCCUUACUUGACUUACUCAGGUGGGCAAACGUUUGAAGUGCACCAUGCCAAACACACGGCCAACCCCCCUGUGUAUCCAAAGACGAUGCAGUACAAAGAGGGGGGCAUCAAGGACACAAGGGAAGCGUUGCGUCGACAGGCAAGCACCAAUCCGCCCUGCCAGAGCGUCCCACAACACCCCCAGAGACAGGCCAACCCAGAGGAGGAGGCCAGGAGAGGAGAGGGAGGAGCAGCAGACGAGAGGAAACAACACCCCCAGAGACAGGCCAACCCAGAGGAGGAGGCCAGGAGAGGAGAGGGAGGAGCAGCAGACGAGAGGAAACAACGCAGACAGAGUCGACCCAAGAUGGAGGACAGCUUCGGUUCCACCUUGGCCGCCUGUCUUGAGCGGCCCAACACCCUGGAGCCAAGACCCUUGUCCUGGAGCGAGGGGGUCGACCCGGGGCAGGGCCUGGAGCGAGGCGGGGGUGGGAUGUCUGUGGAGGGGCGCAGGCUGCACUCACCCCUAUCGGGAGUAAAGGCCAGCAUCAUCAACGAGCUGAGCUCCAAACUGCAACAGAUGAGCAAUAAGAGCACGGAGGACUGGAGUCAGUCUGAGAUGCGAGGUCCGAGUCCCAUUAAUCCGAGGUCGCCCACAAUGCAAAGAUAUUCAGGGGAUUUCUCUGCCUCGUUUCAGAGCCCCCCCACAGGUCACUCCACUUCCCCCUUACCCACCUCCUCCCCGCAGCAUCGCCCGUCAAUCUUCACCCCCAAUCUCACUGCCACCCCGUCCGGCUCGCCAUCCCACCAGCCCUCACUCCAGCCUAACUGGAUCCACUCCCCCUCUCCCCAGAUGCCCACCUCCCCCUCUCACUCCUCCCACCCUCCUCUCUCCCCCACUUACUCCCCCUCUCAAUCCCACCCUCCUCUCUCCCCCACGUACUCACCCUAUCCCACAUCCCCCAAACAUCGCACUAAGUACCGUGGAGCCAAGAUUUUUGACUUCCAGUGUACCCCUGGUCCAGAGCUGAGGUCAUCUAUGUCCCGCCGGCGUGCCCCCAGCCCCCUCAUCUACUCCACAAACUGCCCCAGCCCCGCCCCUCCCAGACCCUCCUCCCUCCCCAUCCUCCCCAGCACCCCUGUCUACAACACCCCCUUUGAGUUCCCCGUUCCCCUAACUCUCUCAUCCCCAGGUCACACCCUAGGAGACCCCUACAACCCCUCCACCUCUCCUCUCUUUCCCACAUCCCCACAACCUCCCAGCGCCCUCCUGGUCUCCCGCUCCCUCUCCCCCACCCAGUUACUCUCCGGCGCAUCCUCACCCUCCAUGCACCUGCCCCCCUCUCCAUCCUGCCUCAACUACCCCCACCUCACCCCUCCUCCCCCAGCCAAGCCCUUCGCCAUCAAGCCCCUGUCCUACUGGACCAAGUGGGACGUGGCCGACUGGCUUUCCUACUUGAACCUGGGGGAGCACAGGGAACGUUUCCUGGAUAACGAGAUUGACGGCUCCCACUUGCCUUCCCUCACCAAGGACGACUUCCUGGACCUGGGGGUGACGCGCGUCGGCCACCGCAUGAACAUCGAGAGAGCGCUGAAGAAACUGACUGACAGGCUGUUCUCUCCCAUGCAUGACCCUAGCCCCUCCCCUGAGCCACAGGCAGAGAGUGAAAGAUGAGGUGACUCAGGGCUCAGAGAAAGACAGAGAAACACACAGACCGAGAUGAGUUCUAUAGAAGACCAUUGGACACAGACUGUGAGCUGGACAAAUGGCGUAAAGGAUCACGACGGACACACCAGGAGAGAUUUGUUAUGAGUGGAGGACAAUUGUCUAUUUACACCAACUGUACAACUACUGAUAAAUAGGCUUUUAAUGAACACAUGGACACAGACAGACACACACACACACACACACACACACACACACAGACACACAGACACACAGACACACACACAGACACACAGACAUUUGACUGGUGAUUCUCACACUCCAUCUGCUGCCUGGCAGUUACAGUACUGGGAGAAAUGCUAACAAGAAUCUUGAGAUUGUAAUGCAGCUACCCAUACAGAGAUGGUAAGCCCAUUAAUAUACUAAAGGUGGUGGUUGGGUACCUCUAAUAAACAAUACAGGCCCUAUUCUUAUCCUGAAAUUCAUGCGCAAACUCUGACGCGCAAUUAGAGCAUGGGAUUGGAAGCUGUUGUUGGAAUGUCUAAAAGUCCGAAUAUGGUCCUAAAAUGGAAAAGUACAUGACAUUUGAAGUUAAAGUAAACAGUAAAAAAAAAGAAAAAAGAAAAGUAAAAUAGUGGACUUUUUAUACUGAGGUCAGUUUAUGCCCUAAUUCCCUAGUGAUUUCCCAACAAGCUUUCUACUUAUUUUACUAACUCUGAGUAACAAUAUAGCUUACAUGUAAAAAUGGAUUCACAGAUCCAAAUCAUUAAUUUGUUUCGUACCAAGUGCUGAUUGCAAUCAUUCAUUUAAAACGGGUCAGAGUAUUAUUGAUAGUUAAUCAUCCAGAUCUGUGUGUAACGACGAAUACUCAAAAAAUAUUCAAAACAUAUAGUCGUAACACGUCAUUUUUUACUAUGAUAGUUAUUGUCUUUAGAAAGGCCGUCCGGAGUAUGUAGGAGAGGUACAGAGGAGAAUCAAAUGUUGGUUUGUUUUUUCCUGAGACAUGACUGUAUUGGAGUCCACAGCCAUGACUCCGGGUUAUGCUUAUGAACUCAUGUCAUUUUACACUACAAAAGCUGUUUGUCAUUCAUUCAUGGUGACGAUGUUUACGACUGUACCAGGGAUGUGAGUGUCUUUUGUCCCAUGUCGACUUUCACACACACACACAGGUGCAGCGAUCCAAAAAAAAAAGAAGGGCUUUUACUGCGCGUCUGUCAGUCUGUACGGUAUGUCUGGUUCCCUAAGGCCUUCUCCCUCUGUGAGUGUGUGUCUGUUUGUGUCGAUCUGUUUGUCAGCCUGCCUGGUUACUCAUGAUCCUUUCCCCACCCUCUGUCCCUCUCUCAUAUGCCUUCUCCACAACUCAACGCCAGUUUUCUAACGGUUCCCGAAAAUGUAGAGAUGUAUAUUUUGCACCAGUUGACAAUCCUAACUUUGCCCUAUUUCAUAAACUCCUCUCCAGUAUCUCAAGAGAAACCUUUUUCAGAUCCACACAUUUCAGAAGAACACGUUCAGACACACACAGAGAUACACACACAGAGAGACACACAGAGAGACACACACAGAUACACACACACACACAGAGAUACACACACACACACACACACAGGCUCUUUUAGGUUCCUUUUUUGCUAUUGCCUUCAGUGAAAUGCACUGUAAGAUGAGGAAUACACUCAAACUCUGUACACAUCCUUUAUAGGCCUAUAUGAUAUAGUGAUAAUGACGAGUAUGAUAACGACGACAACAGAAACAUUAAUUAUAGUAUAAUUUUAAAACAAUUAUUAUAUUAAUCAUUAGGUAUAUGUAAAAAAAUAUAUAUAUAUAAUUGAAAAAAAAAUAACACUACAGAAUCUCUGUCUUCCAAAUAGUGUGAGAAAUGAUUUGAAGCUACUUGUUUUGUUUUCUCUUUAUUUAUUGUUUCCGGUAAAUGCUUUCUAUACUGCUCGACUUGUUCUACCAUUUACCCACGUCAUCCCUCCCUGUGAAACUCCUACACAUCAACACACACCCUUCACUUCUUUAGGGUUGUUGCCUUUCAACAACCUUCCGACCGGAAAUGAUUGAGCGGUAGUGUAGGAAGCAUUAGGUCCUGUGUUUUAAAGAGUAUUUUAGGACUAGUAAUAUAAACAUAUGAUGACUAUUUACAGUAUGAGCAAAUGUAUGCAGCGAUAAGAGGUAUUCAUGAAGUUAUGUUCAAAAUGAAAUGCAGAAAUAUACUGAUAUGAUAGAGUUAUAACUAAGGUGUUGAAAUAAAUGCUGAAUAAACUA